AUGAAUAUGUUGGAUGAUGAAGAUGACCAAAGCUUUCACGCUACGCGUGACGGCUACUCCCAUUUGAGCGAUGUCGAAUGGGAUGCGGUUGAACGAAUGGGUUCGACCAUGGGCAUCCAUGCUGUUAGCGUCAUGCUAGAGGCUCUCAAUAGAGAUGCCCAACAUGCUACUAUCGCCAAGUUCAUUCAAAAUGAACUUGACGCAGAACGCGAGAAAGUAGCCUUGCUUCACCAACAAGGUUCUCAACAAGCAGAGUUGUUGAGAGAACAAGGUGCUCAACAGUUUGAACUGUUGAGACAGCAGCAGGCUGCUGCUGGCGGGUCGAUGCACUCGCGUCGGCCCGAGACUUUGAAGAUUGACAUCUCAAAGUAUAGGGGGGUCGAAGAAGACUCCCUCUUGAGAUGGUUCGUCGAAUUGGAUGACGCCAUAAGGGCGCGUCGCAUCGACGACGGGGAAAUACAAGUUGCAUUUGCCCAGUCAAAUCUGGCAGGACGUGCCAAGACUUGGGCACUGGGGCUCAAGCUGCACGACCCAUACGCGUUUGGGUCGUUGGAAGUCUUCAAGUCGCGGCUCAGACAAACGUUUGAACCGCCUAGAGCUGAGUUCAGAGCUCGAACCGAACUCUUGAAGCUCAAGCAGGGUAAGCGUGAUGUGCACGCUUACGCUCAACAUAUACGACAUCUCACGAGUUGUAUAAGUUCCAAUCCGGUGGAUGAACACACGUUGGUUUCGGUGUUCAUGCAGGGUCUUGCGGAUGGUCCCGUCAAGACUCACCUGUUCCGGCUUGAACUAGAUUCACUAGAACAAGCCAUUUCAAUUGCGGAGCAGGAAGACUUCAGUCUGAGACAGGCUCGCGCCAGCUCGACAUCAUAUCGUCAACCGAGACGAUAUGACAACGGCGGUUCAGAGCCGAUGGAGCUCUGA